AUGGACAACACAUGGUCCUGGAUUGUUUUAACAAUCUUAAUUUUCAUCGUCUCCGUAUUAUACGUCGCUUUGAAAAGACAACCUCUGUUUUCAUGUUCAAGGGAAGCCUCAGUAUUGGCCAUCGUCGGUUCUGGAGGUCACACUACUGAGAUUCUUACGUUGAUGAGUGGUUUAGGUGAGCAUUAUACACCACGGUAUUAUGUCAUAGCCAACACAGACACCAUGAGUGAAGAAAAAGUACAUGACUUUGAAGUAAAAAGAGGUCAGGGCAAUUCAAAAAAUUAUGAAAUCCACAAGAUUCCACGUAGUCGUGAAGUGAAGCAGUCCUGGGUAACAACUGUUCUUUCUACAUUAAGGGCUACACUGGUGUCCUUUCCACUGGUGUUUAGACUCCGACCAAACAUUAUUCUUUGUAAUGGUCCAGGGACGUGUAUACCUAUCUGUAUUGCUGGCUUUGUGCUAAAGAUUUUCACUCUUGGGAGGACACAGAUUAUUUAUGUAGAAAGUAUAUGUCGCGUAGAGACGCUGUCCAUGUCAGCCAGACUGCUGUAUUAUGUAGCAGAUGACAUGUUUGUACAAUGGGAGAGCCUACAGAAGCGCUACCCAAGGUGUAAAUACAUAGGUCGCCUGGUGUGAUGUGCCAUCUUUAUAAUUGACAAUUUUUUUAUUUGGUGCUAAGGAGAAAAAUUAUUUAUGGCUUGGUCUUCAACAAUAUAAUGUUAUAUAAUAAAUCUUAUUUAUAAUAUG